GCGUCAUCACCCCCCGUCGGAAGCACGCAUGCGCACUCGGGCUCCACUUGCUGAUGCAAGACACUUAUGGUGAAGAGGUUUUGUGCCAUUUAGCUGUUUCUUGUCAUUAAGGCGCUUUCGAAGACACCAGUUUGAUAUAGCGACCAUGUCAGAAGACGAGAUCUUAUUCGACCCAACCACGACCAAGAAAAAGAAAAAGAAGAAGAAGCCCUUCAUGCUUGAUGAAGAAGGCGAUGGAGUCAGUGAGGAGACGCCGCCGGCUGAGCCUCGUGAGGCCGAGCCCGAGGCAGGAGAGGAGCGCGAGGUGGAGCCUGAGGAAGAGGAAGGGAAGAAAAAAGAGACCACAGAUGGCUUAGAUGACUUAAAUUUCUUCAAUCAGAAGAAAAAGAAAAAGAAGCCCAAGAAAGUAUUUGACAACGACAUCGAAGAAGGCAUGAAGGAGCUGAAGAUUGAUGGUGAGCAGCCGGAAGUGAUGGAAGAUGAUGACUUGGACCUGAUGUUGCCGGCAAAGAAGAAGAAGCCAAAGAAGGUGGAAUUUGUCGACGAAGGUGAUGUGGCUGAGAAAGAUGACGCUCUGGAGGACGAUGAGAGUAAAAAUGCCGACGGCAUCACGUUCAGCUCUCUGACUGGCCCAGCUUGGGCAGGCUCAGAGAGAGACUACACAUAUGACGAGCUGCUAAGUCGCGUCUUUAACAUCAUGAGAGAGAAGAACCCCGACAUGGUGGCGGGAGAGAAGAGGAAGUUUGUCAUGAAGCCUCCUCAAGUGGUGCGAGUGGGAACAAAGAAAACCUCCUUCGUCAAUUUCACCGACAUCUGCAAACUGUUGCAUCGACAGCCAAAGCAUCUUUUGGCUUUCUUACUGGCUGAGUUGGGAACGAGCGGUUCUAUAGAUGGAAAUAACCAGCUGGUGAUCAAAGGACGAUUCCAGCAAAAACAGAUCGAGAACGUCUUGAGAAGAUACAUCAAGGAAUAUGUGACCUGUCAUACGUGCCGCUCUCCAGAGACCAUCCUGCAGAAGGACACUCGGCUGUACUUUCUGCAGUGUGAGACAUGUCACUCACGCUGUUCUGUGGCCAGCAUUAAAACAGGCUUCCAGGCUGUCACGGGCAAGAGAGCGCAACUGCGCGCCAAAGCCAACUAACGCGGCGACCUCUACACUUUCUGAUUCUCCUUUACAUUACCAAACCCUGCGCUGCCCCAUAUGGCCACUUCAACUGCUCAGUGCUAGUUUAUUCUCAGUCAUGGAUUUUUGGAGUGAACUGGUGACAAAGUUUAGAGUGGAUUUUUUGUUGUUGUUGUAAUCUAAAAAGAAAACAUUAAAGUAUAAUAAGCAGAAGGGCUGGACAGCUUGAGGCACCGGUUUAAUGAGUCACAUCGUCUCUCUUUCUCAGAAAGUUUCCAGCUAUUGAUUUAAGAGUACUGUGGAAGGGGGCCCAGAGCAUUUCAGACUUGUUUUAUUUGCACAUUGGUAGCAGAUUUCGUUCUACUGGUUUGAUUUCUUUGCAGGAAUGGUGUAGGUGGAAAUCUGGGCGAGUGACCUACGUGCUGUCUGCUCUUGGUUUUUAAACAGAACCACAUCACAGACCUUUAUGAUGACUGAGUUAGCUUUUUUUUUGUCAUGCAGGGUUUAUAUAGAUUAUAUUAAGUGUAUUUGAUUCAGCCUCGAAUUUGGAGAGCUCUGCUACCUCUGUGACAAAACCCCACUAGGAGUCUCGGGCUAUGGCUGCUGACUGCUGCGCUUAGGAUUUUGGUUGUUGAUUAUCACACAGUUUAAUGAAUGUGACAUCCGCAUAUUUGUUUUGAACAUCUCUACAGAACAACCCUGCAGCAAUACAGGGUUGUAUGAUUGUGCAGGUCAUUUUAAAAAAUAAUGGGGCAGGAGAUAUUACAGUGCAGUGUUUCAGAUGAAAGUAAGAUGGGUGUCAUUGUUUGUUAAAACUGAUUUUUUAAUAAAAAUGUACUCUAUAACAAUA